GUAGGAUUUCAUAAAAAUCCGUGUCUUAUCUCUCUCCGCUUUUAAUUCGAAAUUUUAAUUAGUCGUGUGGCAACAAAUAGAUAAAAUACGUUCCUCCCGUACGGGCUAAUAUUCCACACCGCUCGAAAUUUCGACAAACAUUCGAUAAACGUUUAUCGACCUUCUUGACCUAUUGCAACAAAGCAAACAAAAACUUAAUGAAAAACAAACGGUUUAUUUUCGAGAUCCACUCGACAUCCCGCUAUCCCGCUCGUCAAAUAAGUAUUAAAAUACGCGUAGUCGUUUUGCUCGAUUCAUCGCCGAUUCCGUCCAGCGAGCGAUGCGAUUACCCGUCCAGGUAACGAGGCAAUUAACGCUAACGGUUUUCAAUCGAUCGAUAACGGCCAGAGCCAUGUCGUUUUUGGUCAGUGAUCCGAAAUAUUCCUUUCUGAAGGAGCUGGGGAUACGGGAGAGGAACCCGGGCGCCUUCGACGGCGCUUGGAAGGCUUCCGGGCCGGUAGUGAAAUCGGUAUGUCCUAGUAAUGGAAAACCCAUAGCAGAAGUACAGCAAGGGUCUUUGGUCGAUUACCAGCGAUGCGUGGAAGCUUCGGACGCGGCUUGGAAGGUUUGGGCGGACAUUCCAGCGCCUCAAAGGGGCGAAAUAGUCCGUCAAAUAGGGAACGCGCUGAGGGAGAACUUGGUGCCCUUGGGACAGCUCGUUUCCUUGGAAAUGGGGAAAAUCCUGCCCGAAGGCAUCGGCGAGGUCCAGGAGUACGUGGAUAUAUGCGAUUACGCCGUCGGCCUGUCCAGAACGUUGGCCGGGUCCGUUUUCCCAUCGGAACGGCCGGGCCACGUGUUAUUAGAAAACUGGAAUCCCCUGGGGGUCGUGGGAGUCAUUUCGGCUUUCAAUUUCCCCAUAGCCGUGUACGGAUGGAACAGCGCCAUAGCGAUGGUGUGCGGUAACACGGUGUUGUGGAAGAGCGCCGAAACCACUCCGCUGGUGGCCAUCGCGACCACUAAAAUCAUCGAAACCGUCAUGGAAAGGAACAAUUUACCCAAAUCCGUGGCGUCGUUGUGUUGCGGUGGGGCCGACGUAGGCAAAGCCAUGGCAGCCGAUGCUAGAGUGAAACUCUUAUCGUUCACCGGUAGCUGCGAUAUCGGCAAACAAGUGGGAGUCGAAGUACAGAAGCGAUUCGGGAAAGUUCUGCUGGAAUUAGGAGGGAACAAUGCUUUGAUAGUGGCCGAAGACGCCGAUUUGGACAUGGUGGUGAGAGCGACGUUAUUUGCUUGCGUCGGGACGGCCGGUCAGAGGUGUACUACUACCAGAAGGUUGAUUCUUCACGAAAAGGUGUACGAUGAAGUUUUGGAUCGAUUGAAGAAAGCUUACGGUCAAGUAGUAGGAAGAAUCGGUGACGCACUGGAGGAGAACACGCUAAUUGGACCGUUGCAUAGCAAACAAUCACUCGACAAAUACGUUGAAACGGUAAAAAAAAUAAUUGAUGAGAAAGGAAAAAUAGAAUUCGGCGGAAAAGUAAUAGACAAAGCCGGUUAUUUCGUCGAACCCACAAUCGUGACUGGCCUUCGACACGACAAUCAUUUAGUCCACGAGGAAUGCUUCGCUCCAAUAGUAUACGUUCUAAAAACCUCCAGCACGGAGCAAGCCAUCUCAUGGAACAACGAAGUACCUCAAGGCUUAUCUUCGAGCUUGUUCACCCAAAGCAUCGACAACAUAUUCAAGUGGAUAGGGCCGAAGGGUUCCGAUUGCGGCAUCGUGAACGUGAACAUUCCGACGUCGGGGGCGGAGAUAGGCGGCGCUUUCGGCGGCGAAAAAAGCACCGGCGGCGGCAGGGAGUCGGGCAGCGACGCGUGGAAACAGUACAUGCGACGGUCCACCAUAACGAUUAAUCACUCGAAAGGGUUACCAUUGGCUCAAGGCAUCAAAUUCGAAUAAAUAACGGUCAUACACGAAACGGGCUAUUGAUAUUCGUACUGAAUGUUUGUAUUUUAAAAGACUAAUUAGGAAAUAAAACGUACUUCAUGUCG